UCCUACCCAACCUCAUUCCGAGACCGAAACCAUCUCAGAAGCGCUCGCACGGUCAGUCAAGUAGAACGAGCGGACUUUGACAGUCAGCGAACUACUGUGGGAAGUUAGUUAACACGGAUCCUGGAACACGCAGGAUACAUAAUUAGAUUGUCGCUUAUAUCUACUUUUAUACUGAGGUUAGCCUCCAACUCGGUAUGCGAGGCUAAAGGAGGCUCGUGGAAGGAUUCCUACUUGUUGACGUUGACAAAGCUGAGGAACCGCAAGAACGUGCACCAUGGACCAGGAGGACACGUUAGACUUCAAGGCGCUGAGAGCCAAGUUCCAGGAUGAAGAGACGUUGCUCCCGAGACAGCCCAGGACCAGGCCCACCCUCCCGGAGAAGCCCAGUGUGGUGCCUCCCCUCCGGAGCCCCCCCCAGAGCCCCACACACACGCUGCCCGCCGGGGCCCGGCCCUCCCUCCUCACCUCCAUCAGCCAGGCGGCCGACAGGAAGUCCGUCCUGGCCCCCCGUGUCAUCUUCAAGGAGGAGAAGAAAGAGAGUAAGAAGCCGCUCAUCUUCUUCAAAAGCAAGGAGAAGCCAGAGGUGAAAACCAAGUGGGGGAAAGACAAGAAUGGAAGUGUGAAGGAGGGGAAGGACGAUCCGUCGGAAGUGACCCCCCCAAAAAAAGAGGCGGUUGUCACCAAACACACCACGAAGGAGAAGAAGGCGCCUAAAGGUGGCAGCACUGAGCUGGUCGCCGCUACGCCUCCGCCUAAAACCGCACCGAAGAAGAAAGGCUUCCUGGGUUUCAGGAGGUCGGUGAAAAAGGAAAAAGUUCCUGCCGACUCCAUCCUGGACACGCCCGGCCCUGACCUCGAAGGGCUAUCCCCACUGAUGCCUACGAGCCCCGCCCCUGCCGACCCCGCCCCUGCCGCCCCUGCCGCCCCUGCUGACUCCACCCCUGAGCUCGUUCUGACCCCAAAACUGAAGGAGGCCCUCCUCCCUCCCAACCCCACCCUGGAAGAGCCCCCUGCAGUAUCCCCUCCACCCCCUGACCCCACCCCGGUCACAGCCACACCCGAGGGUCCACCCCCCCAGGCUGGUAGCUCUGGAACCUCUCUCCCCACUCCCCCCCCAAAGACUGAAGCCCCAGCUAAGGCCCUGCCCGCUCUUCCUGUCUCGGUCUCCCCCAGCCCCCUCCGCCCCGCCCGUGUCGCCUCCCUCCUACCCAUCCCAACUCCAUCCCCUCCCUCCACCCCCUCCCUCCCUGUCUCAUCCACCCCUCCUCCCCCUGUUGCCUCGACCCCGUCCCCCCGUUCAACCCCCUCCCUCCCUGUCUCAUCCACCCCUCCUCCCCCCGUCACCUCUACACCAUCCCCUUCCCCCCCUGUUGUCCGUACCCCACCCCCACUUGCCGUCGCUACCCCUUCCCCCUCCCCACCUCCACCCCCAGUCUUGGAACCUGAGCCUGUGGUUGAGGCUGGGAUUGAGGCUGGGGUUGAGGCUGAGGUUGAGGCUGGUCCCCCUGCCUCCUCUCUGGCUGUGGACCCCCCCUCCAGACCCCAGUCCCCCCGUCCGGAGCGUCCCCUCUCCGCCCUGUCGGCCCUGGGGAGGGCGGAGGAGAUGGGCCCGGGGAGGAGGACCUCCCCCUGUGACCUGAGGGUCUUCAGCGCCCUGGAGAAGGCACGCAGGAAGUUAGCCAGCCCCAGUCCCAGCACCACACCCACCACCUCCAGCCCAGUCACCCCCACUGCAGAAGAGCCUUCCCUGCCGCUCAUCCCCCGCUUCCCUCUGACGGAGCUCCCACCUAUCGACUACCCCGAGCAGAGCGGCGCUGCCCAGGUCAACGGCAUCAACCACAGGCAGCCCUCUCCUGCAUUAGAGGGUAUCGCAGAGGAAGGCGCUGACAUCAUCCCAGAGAUGUUAGUGGUGCCCCCCCCCUCCUCCCCGGAGGGCCCUCCUCACGGUCCAGUCUCUGGGUCCUCCCCCAGACAAACCCACCCGUCCCCCCAGGGUGGACCUGCCCCCCCCAGACCAGAGUGCUGUGGAGAUCCCUGCUCCUCCUCCGGAGUUCUGCCAGGAGGAGUCAGCCCAGGAGCAGGAGGAGGACCUGGGCUCAGAGGCCCUGGGCUCAGAGGCCCUGGAGGAGAUCUUUGCUGAGCUGCAGGCUCCGGGCUUGAUGG